CUUACCCUUUUCUUGGGUUAUGAAACAUUCGUGGGAUUCAUGUCUUCGGUCUUACCAGUCUGUCAAGUUUUUUUCUUAACUUCCAAAGAAGACAGUGAGCAGAAGUUGUCUUCCGUCAAGCUUUUAGACCUGUUCGUCAGUGGAAGACCAAAGAGAGGUGUUGGCUAUCACCACUGAGGGCUUGGACACUAGGAGACACUUAUCUGCCAGUUUAGAUUGAUCACAGUUUUUUAUAUAACAUAAAAGUCUAUCAGGGGGUCACUGGACGUGUUUGUUGGGAAAGAUGAGCAAUUUUUUGUAUUUCAUCCUCCCGGCGUUGGGAGGAUACACGCUCACCUCGUUGUACCUGCUGAAGAACCCACACAUUCUCCAUAGGAGGAAACGCACAGCCUUUUACUGCACACACAUCUCGCAUAGAGGAGGAUGUGGGGAGAGGAUAGAAAGCACCAUGGAGGCAUUCACACAUGCUGUGCAGCACGGCACACAGAUGCUGGAGCUGGACUGUCGCUUGACACAUGACGGACAUGUGGUGGUGUCACAUGAUGAGAAUCUGCUGAGGCAGACCGGACACGACGUCACCAUCUCCUCGCUCGAUCUACAGGAUUUGCCUUUGUAUAAGGAGAGACUGGAGGUGACAUUUUAUGCAGGUCACUAUAGCAGCGGUGCAGACAGGAAGCUUGCUCUGCUGGAGGACGUGUUCAGGAAGUUCCCUGAGAUCCCAGUCAGCCUCGAGAUCAAGGAGUACAACCACAAGCUGAUAGAAAAGGUGUCUGACCUGGUGAGAUGCUACAACAGGGAGGAGAUCACCGUCUGGGCCUCUGUGAACUCCAGGAUCAUGAAGGAAUGCCACAGAAUGAACGGCUCCAUGCCGUACAGUUUCAGUGUGAACCGAGGUGUCCUGCUUCUGCUUCUCUUCUACAGCGGCCUGCUGCCCUUUGUGCCGCUGGGAGAGAGUUUACUGCAGUUCUACUUUCCACGCAUCAUCAACAGGACGUUCAUUCCUGAGAAGCGCAUCCUGAGGAACAAGCUCCUCGUCUGUUUGUUAGAAAAAGUAACUAUGAGGAAGAGUCUUUUUAAACACCUUGCAGCCCGUGGAAUUCAGGUGCAUUUGUUUGUAUGCAAUGAAGAUGACGACAUAAAGGCUGCAUUUGAAGUAGGAGCCACAGGGGUGAUGAGUGACUAUCCAACUGUUCUAUCAAGCUACCUCAGCAGAAACAGAAGUCAGGAGUGACCUCGAAAUACAUCCAGUCAUGAGAACUCAGACAUGGCAGUUUUCUCAUGAAUGAGGAUUGUGUAAAACAAACAGAAAAGAAAAAAAAGAAAAGACCAGGCUAUAAAAGAGAAGUAGUACAAGUGUGAGACUCAUUUCCACACCCAUGACAAGAUUAGUCAGAGAGCUGUCAGUCUACCAGGAAAUGUUAAACACUAUCCAACAGGAACAGAACUAUCAUUCAACUCUUUAAUCUCAAACCUAAAAGCACUGUUGAUGGAAUUACUUGUUUGGGGAGUGAUCUGCAAUCAGUUCAUAUCUAUGGCCUCCACCCAGAAGAAACAGCCAUUGAUUUUCUUUGCGGCAAAUCUACCAGUGCUAGAGUGAAUAUUUAACCAGCUGGACCAUGUCACCUGACAUCACAUUUCUCAUGAUAAGAGAGCAACAUGACUUUGUUUUGACUGUGUCUCGUGUUAUUUCUUGACAUUAUUUGUCUGGUUUGAGUA